AUUGAAUUGACGUAGGAAGGAAAAUCUGGCUGUAAACCUGCUGUAAACGAAAGCUCAAAAGCUUUUUACAUCUGAAACGAUUGUUAUUAUGGAAAUUGUGCGUUGUGACACACAUGGAACUACAUGUUUAUUGAAAACUGGUGUGAGAGAUGGACCAAACAAGGGGAAAUCGUUCUACGUCUGUGCAGCUCGCCAGGAUCCUCCUUGUGAUUUCACCCAUCCAGCGGACAUCCCUCCUUCUCACUGUUUACACCAUGAAGACUCUGUAGUUGAACUCCAGGCUCUCAUUAAGUCUGUCGACAAAUCUCAGCGUUACAGGUUGUACUUCCGCUGUGUGCUGGGAAAGAAGGAAGGACAGAAGUGGUGCGAUAGUGUUCCCUGGAAUUCCAAAGACCCUGAGAAAAGGAGUCCUUUGGCAGACAAACAGCUGCAGGCCUCCAGCCUUCCUGCUGUGAGGAACCCCUUCAAAGCCCCCAGCAAAACGGACCAGAGCUCAGAGUGGAGGAAGCUGCAGGAACCGGGGGGGAAGGAGGGGGAUGCAAGGAGCCUAGAGCAGGAGAACCGAGUCCAAGAGAAGAACAAAGAAGGAGAACGCCAUGGCAGCAGCGGAGGAGGGGGUGAUGGUCGUGAUCUCGAGAGGGAACGAGAGCGAGGGUGUGGAGGUGGAAUGGAGGAAUCUGGAAAGGUGGUUGAGAAAGAGGGGUGUAGCAGUGGAGAGACCUGGAGGGCCAAACCGCUGCCUGCAGGGAUGAAGAUAAAGAAGAGAGUGUCUGGAGAGGAGGAAGAGGAGAAGAAGAGGAACGACAGCAACAGAACCACCGGAGAAGGAGAAGGAGAAGUAGUGGAAGAAGAGGGCCGUCAGGAGAGAAGGAAAACUGACGCCACCAACGAGAGAAGCACUUCAGAAGGGAAGAAUUCUGCAAAAGCACUCAGUCCCAGCUCUAAAGCUGCCAGUGAGCAGACCACAGAGGAUCAGUCUGGAGCAGUCUCGCCUCACGAAUCCACCUCACACAGAGACAAAGACAAAAAACGGCAUGCUGGGAAAUCUCGCACCUCCGACUCAGACACGGACACGAACACUGCAGCAGCCAGACAUCCUCACUUGGUCGGCAGCAGCAGCACGGACACGAACACUGCAGCAGCCAGACAUCCUCACUCAGCCGGCAGCAGCAGCAGUGUCCGUGUCAGCGGCUCUGGUGUGGAGAAGACCCAGAAGGCGUCCAGCGGGACACCGGAUAGUUUUGCCUCCAUCGCCGCUCUAGCAGCCCAGAACAAGCCCAGCUACGCAGCAGAGAGGAACCAGGGGGCCCACAAGACUCCACGGGACCAAUCUCAGAGAAGGAGCCCAGUUGAGCUGAACGAUGACGACGAUGAAGAUGAUGAUGAUGAUGAUGAAGAGGAGGAGGAGGAAGGGAAGGAUGGCAGUGGUGAUGUCGACGAUGAUGUCCAGUUGGUGUCAGUGCAUCCCGGGCCCAAGAAGAGCUCCCCUGUCCGCCCACCCGCUCCCAUGCAGAAGACUCUCACCUCGUACUUCCUGUCCGGCUCCAAGGGGCAGGAGAAGGACCCCCAGGCCCUGCACAGCCAGCUCAGUGCCCAGCUCAAACAGAAGAAGGCCACUCUGUCUAUGGUGAACGUGUCGGCGCUGCCUGAUAAGGGCCAGAGGCUGAGGAGUCAGGUGAAGGAGCUGGAGGACGCGCUGGACUCGCUGAGUCUCACUCCUCUCACAGAGUCUGAGUCACAGGAGGAGGCUAAGGAGGAGCAGAAGCCGUCUUGUGUGUCCAGCCCUUCCAACCCCUUCAGCCGUGCGGGUGGAACCAUCCUGCUCCCCAGCGCCCCGUCCCCAACCCUCUAUGAGGCCCCGCAGUCGGCCAGCUCUCUGGGGCUGGGGCUCAGCCAGGGUUACUCUCAGAUGUUCGGAGUGGACCCCCAGAGUCACACCUUCUACGGGGGCAGGAUGACCGACAGUCGGAUGAUGGCCAUCCGUAACGCCACCACCGAGACCAUCGACCACCUGCACAAGUCCCUGGAGACCUGCCCUGGCCCAGACACCGAGGUCAAAGACCCCAAAGGCAUCAAGGUGCAGUUACUUCCUCAUCAGAGACGGGCUCUCGCUUGGCUGCUGUGGAGAGAGGACCAGAAGCCGUGUGGGGGAAUUCUGGCGGAUGACAUGGGUCUGGGAAAGACGCUCACCAUGAUCGCUCUAAUCCUGGCUCAGAAGAAGUCCCAGGAUGAGAAGGACCCAAAACUGGAGGGAUGGAUCUCCAAACAUGACUCGUCUCUGGUGGUGUCCCAGGGCACUCUGAUCAUCUGCCCGGCCUCGCUGGUGCACCACUGGAAGAAGGAGGUGGAGAGGCACAUCAAGAGCAGCCGCCUCAGCGUCUACCUCUACCACGGGCCCAACCGCCAGAGAAACGCCAAACUCCUAGCAGACUAUGAUGUGGUGGUGACCACCUACAGUCUGGUCUCUAAGGAGAUCCCUGUGAAGAAGGAGGAAGCUGAGAGGCCAAGUCAGGACGCUGACGAAACGGGAGCGCACCUGCCUCCUCUGCUGCGCGUGGCCUGGGCCCGAGUGAUUCUGGACGAGGCCCACAACAUCAAGAACCCCAAGGUGCAGACCUCCAUGGCCGUGUGCAAGCUGAGGGCACGGGCCCGCUGGGCCGUCACCGGGACGCCCAUCCAGAACAACCUGCUGGACAUGUACUCACUGCUCAAGUUCAUGAGGUGUGCUCCUUUUGACGAGUACAAGCUGUGGAAGGCUCAGGUAGAUAACGGCUCCAAGAGGGGUGGGGAGAGGCUCAACAUCCUGAUCCAGGCCCUGCUGCUGCGCCGCACCAAAGACCAGCAGGACUCCACCGGCAAGCCACUGGUGGAUCUGCCUGACCGCAGCUGUGAGGUGCACCGUGUGAAGCUGUCUGAGGAUGAGCAGUCUGUUUACGACGUGGUGUUCGCCCGGUCCAAGUCCACUCUUCAGUCCUACCUGAGGAGACAUGAAGGAAAAGAGGGCCACAAGGGAGAUGGCAGCAACCCCUUUGACAAAGUGGCGAAUGAGUUUGGCAUGUCCCAGCAGGGGGUGCUCUCGUCCCAGCAGCAGCAGCAGCAGCCCCAGGCCUCCAGCACCGUCCACAUCCUCUCACUGCUGCUCAGACUCAGACAGUGCUGCUGCCACCUGUCCCUGCUCAAGAAGACUCUGGACCAAUCAGAGCUGCAGGGCGACGGCGUCACCCUGUCCCUGGAGGAGCAGCUGAACGCCCUGUCCCUUGGUGAGCCGUCUGACCCCAGCGCUGACCUCAAGGACACCGUCUGCCUCAACGGCUCCCGAUUCCGCUCCGAGCUCUUCGAGGACACCCGCGGGAGCACCAAGCUCUCUGCUGUCCUCACUGAGCUCAAGGAGAUCAGGAGUAAAGACCAGAAGAGUGUGAUAGUGUCCCAGUGGACCAGCAUGCUGCGCAUCGUGGCUGUGCACCUGAAGAGGAUGGGGCUGACGUUUGGUGUGAUCGACGGAACCGUCAACAUUAAACACCGCAUGGACCUGGUGGAGGAGUUCAACUGCAACCCCAAAGGACCACAGGUGAUGCUGGUGUCCCUAUGUGCUGGUGGGGUAGGCCUUAACCUGGUUGGUGGGAAUCAUCUCUUUCUCAUCGAUAUGCACUGGAACCCUGCCUUAGAGGAUCAGGCCUGUGAUCGCAUUUACAGGGUGGGCCAACGGCGUGACGUCACCAUUCACAAGUUCAUCUGUGAGGGCACAGUGGAGGACAAGAUCUCCUCCCUCCAGGAGAAGAAGAAGGAGCUGGCCCAGAAGGUGCUGACGGGGACUGGGUCCACCUUCACCAAGCUCUCCCUGGCCGACCUCAGGGUCAUCUUCGGUGUCUAGGCGCUACCAAGAUGGUGAACCAGCUAUUGUGCCAGGGUUCAGGCCUAAUUGGAUAAACUUGAAAGCGUUCAGCAACCUAUACAAAUGCAAGAGGUGUGAGCACAAUAAAUGAAUCCUAGCCUUCAUGCCUUAGACAUCAACACAAAUCAUUCUUAUCAAUCAAUCUGUCUUGUCUUUGGUUGUCUAGCCAGAAAGAAGUCUAUGCUGCCAGUGAAACAUGAUAUUGUACUGAAUCUUUUUAGGUAUUCAUUUUAUGGUCAAAACUAGUAUACUGCAACAGUAUGUAUGACCUUAACUGUGCCAACAAGGGUAGUUAUCAUGGUAGUUACUUGAACAGUUGAGAAAUGCUGCUAGUUUGAAAAACUUGAUUGGAUGCUAGGCUUGAGUGUCAUUGUUAUUUUAUUUCCAUAGAAUAUCACAACCAAUGAAGGGAAAUCACUCAUUCAACACCAUUGACAACAUAGAGAUAUUUGUAUACUCUGCAGCAACUAUUGCAUGACAACUUUUUAUCACUUUACUUUAAGAUGUAGCUUUCUGCAGUCACCGUUGUAUUGUAUUGGACAGACCAAGUUUGAUAUAACUGCUACACAGCCUGGGCAAAAUGCUGAAGAUGAAUGCUUUCAGACAGUAAAGGUAAACCUCAUUCACUUACAGAGGCUGGGAUAGGUGAAUGUGCCUUUGCCUUAAGUGGAAUUUUUUCACAUUGAUAAAUGGUCAUUUUUUACCAUUAUGUUACCAUUUUUGUCAUGUCAUGUAUCAAGAUUUGAGGCUGGUCAUAUCAGAGUAAAUUCUGUGCAUCCCUUUAUGUAAAAAUGAUCAGCACUUGACGACCUGAUUUGCCUUUCUGUUUUAUUGCUCGUUUAUGUUUAUUUGUCACAUUCAUGUACAUGUUUGUCUCUUGAAGUCAAAUGACUUGCUUGGUCUUUUAUUUUGUCAACAAUAAAAUAUAUAAUUGUA